AUGGGAUCGUUUCACUAUGGCGCGAAACCUAUCUACCCCCUAAAAGUCCCUGUCUUUCACCACAGUCUUGUAACAGAUGACUCUGACGCGCUCAAAUUCAAAGCCGCCUCGUUCCUCCAACUGCAGCAGGGGAUCAAGUAUCAAGAAGCCGCUUCCUCAAACUCGUAUCUCAUCACUUCCCCUUAUAACCAGGAGGGCCACCAUCUUGAUCUCCAUACGCUUGAGCCUUCCAGUCAACUUCUCGCUAAGGCGCUGACGGUUCUCAAACCCAUUCGAUCUGAUUAUGCAACAGCGGAAUAUGUCGAGUCCUUCAACUGGCAGCUUGUGAUGGAUGUGCUGAGGGAUCUGGCCACUGCAGAAGGGUAUGAGUGGAAGGAACAGUCGUUCCACGUCGUGACGUUUCGAUCCGUUCUUCUUCCAACGGCAGAUCCGGGCAAGCUCACCGAGCUCGAUUCACAUUCACACGAGGAAGCCACUGCCAGCGGUGGACUGUUGAAAUAUUGGUUUGGGAUUAAGGAUGAGAAAUUGAGGAAUUUGGCGACUUGUAUUUGGCGAAGCAGAGAGGACGCGAGACGUGGCGGAUUAGGACCCUGGCACGGAAAGGCGAUAGCAGCCGCGCGAGAAUUGUACCAAAAGAUUGAAUUUAAAACUUUGAAGUUGGUUAUUGCCGACGGGGUUGAGCGGUGGGAUAUUGUGGAUGAGAAGAAUGCAGCUUGA